GGUGAUCGUCAACAUUACCGUUCACUCUGCAGUUUGUCAGACUCAGUCGUGUUCCAAAACUGGUUUUUGCGGCCAACCAUGGAUGAGCACGAGAUUGCAGAGAACGAAGCGGGCGGGUUCUUGUCGAAGACUAGUACCCAAGACUUGCGGUUUCACUUCGAAGACGGGAAGAAGCCACUCUUCUGGAUGGUGGGAAUGAUGGACUGCUUCACAAAUAUUUUCUCGCUCUUCGCCAACAGCGAAAUGAGACCAACAAGAGAGGAAGAUUGGGAAGUGCCAUUUGAGAGCAUCACGGAUAUGAUGUACCUAGGCUCUGGGGCCCAGGGGGUAGUGUACAGCGGCAACCUUAGAGGUGAAAUGGUAGCCGUCAAAAAAUUACGGGAGAAAGAAGAGACCGACAUCAUGCACCUGAGGAAACUCAACCACGACAACAUAGUUCGUUUCCGUGGCGUCUGCUCGGAAGGAGAAAACUAUUGCAUUAUCAUGGAGUUCUGUCAAUACGGGCCACUCUACGACUUCCUUCACAGCGGUGCAUCUUUUACACCCAGACAGAUCAUCAGGUGGGCCAAAGAUAUUGCCCAAGGCAUGGUCUAUUUACACAACCGCAAGAUUAUCCAUCGUGAUCUGAAAAGCCCCAAUGUCCUGGUAGCUGACAACCUUGUCGCAAAGGUGAGUGACUUUGGCACCAGCCGAGAGUGGGACAACGAGAGUGCCGUCAUGAGCUUCACGGGCACAGUGGCCUGGAUGGCGCCCGAAGUGAUCCGCCAUGAGCCUUGCUCUGAGCGUGUGGAUGUCUGGUCUUUCGGUGUUGUGUUAUGGGAGCUGUUGACCCAGGAGAUCCCGUACAAGACCUUGGAGACUCAUGCUAUUCUCUGGGGAGUGGGCACCGAAACUAUUUUGCUGCCAGUUCCGAACAGCUGCCCGGAGAGCCUGAAACUCUUGCUGAACCAAUGCUGGGACCGUGUGCCUAGGAACAGGCCACCUUUCAAGAUAAUUUUGGCUCACUUGGACAUCGCCGGCGCUGAAUUCAGUAGGGUCCUGCCCGACCGUUUUAGCGUGACCCAGGCGACAUGGCGUAAAGAGAUCGAAAAUGAAAUGAAGGAGAUCUAUACGAGGAACAAGGAGAAGUUUGAACAGGCUCAGAAACUGCAGUCGGUUCGUCGCGAGGAGCUGCGCUUGGCUCGCGACACGCGUCUCAUCUACGAGCAGCAGCUCUCCCGCGCCAACGAACUGUACAUGGAGGUCUGCGCCGUCCGCCUCCAGCUCGAACAGAAAGAGAAGCACCUUGACGAGCGCGAGAAAGCUCUGAAACUCUGCCGUUGCGGCCUGCGUAAGACUCUGAAGUACUACCAGCGUCAGAACUCGUCAUCGUCAGACGGUAAGUCUCCGCUCGAGGUCAUCACGGAGGUGCCUCGCCGUCGCAAGCGCCCGGAGGCCCACGUGAUCGUGAGCUACAUAGAAGAAGACGGACAGACGGUCACCACCGUCAUGGAGGAGUGCGAGUGCAUAGACAACUGCAAGAACAACAACUUGGACGUAGUACAGACCAGCGUGGUCGAGAGGAACGGUAACAUUGAAGAGACCACCUGCGCCUUCCCGUUCGGCAGCAAUGACAACUACGCCCCAGGUCAAAUCCCAGAUGUGGCUCACGUCUAAACAGCCUCUGGUCUAACCUCUGUACCAUUUAAUUUCGGUUCACGCAAGAUGGAUAUUCGUUGGCGUGCAGAGGCCCGAUUUUACGUCAAACAUCCCACUUUUUAAGGUUACGUUCGUAAAGGAAAGGAUCACGGAAUUGUGACGAAAGGAUUUUGUUUGUUAAAUAUUUAUUUAUGUCCCUAAAACGAGUUCAGUUUUAUUUUCCCCGGAUCGGAGUUUCGUAACAUAUAUUUCAUGUCUAUCUCAAUGUGUGUAAGGUUAUUACAAAAAAAAAAAACAAUAAAAUAUCAAGAAAACCGCAGCACAAAUAAAUGAAAGUGUUAGCAAAAAAAAAAAUUGUGUUUAUUAGUUUAUAGGAAGUAAUUGAACGUUUAGAUUGCAAUAGUAAGCGAUUUAACUUGAUAACCACAUAAAUAUACUCGUAGUAGUCGUUGGCAGUGACUAAUUGUCGCAUGCAGAUCGCACAUUCGUAUCGUUAUUGUAAUAGCCACAUUUGUGAUUGUUGUUGAUGUACUCCUGCAUUCUAUGCGUCGAUCCUUUCCUAGGACUCUGGUAAUAAAAUAAAAAAAAUAUUAGCCACCAUCAUCAGCGGCCUCUCGAAGACCGUACCAGAGUACAACCAGCCCGUGAAAUUUUCAAAACAGUCGUUCGAUUUUUUUAUACAUCAUCACUUCGUAAGGCUGAUUUUACACAUGUUUAUAUGUAUAUAUAAUAUAUUAUAUUAUAUUAAUCUGUUUAUUUUCAAAGUUUCAAUCACCGAAUGUGAGUCUUAAUGAUUUCAACCCGUAAUUAUAUUUGUACCAAUCAAUUAUAUUUACUUAAGGUUGUUAUUGGUUUGAUUCUGUCUUUCCGAAAAUGCUCUUAUUAUAUGCGACAGGUUCAUUUUGAAAUAUAGAGUGGUUUUUAUUCGAUUCAAACGUAAAUCUGAUUAAAAUCCUGAGAAUAGGUUUUCGCCGGAGACCACAGUAUUGUUAAGAAAUAUAUUUUCACAUUCUCACGGGACGCGGGCUCGGCAGUGUUUUUACAACACAUUCAUUAUAAUUAAAGUUAAGUUUAUUGGAUUCUUUAAAAAAUAUAUAUAUAUAUAGAUUCCACAGUAUUUGCUUAUUUUUCGUAAUUCCUAAAGUGUACUUGAACUUUGAAAAAAUGUUUUAAACCAAAUUUCUGAAAUAUCCUUAAGCGUUUGUUCAAAGUUGCAUUCGAGUAAGACUAGUCUGGUUAAAUUAAGUCUAUUGUGAUGCGAGAGUGAAGCGCUAAGAGUGAUAUUUUUAUAUAAACGUAUGGAGUAAGGAUUUAGCUAUCUCGUGUGUUAUAAGAAUGAAAUGCAAACAUUGCGCAUGCUAGUUUUGGACAUGGAAUGAGAUAAACGUGAUUUUCGUUUAAAAAUUACAAUCGAUACGAAAAAUACCGUUACAGGACGCGCCACACAACUUAUGUUUUAGUUAAUACUCGUAAUUAUGAAGAGAAAAAUUAAUAUGUCAAAAUGUAUUGAAUAUGUUUAUUUUAUUUUUUAUUUCAUCAUACGUUUUAUAUUUUGCAAGUUAUAUCUUGAAUCUAAUGUUUACUAUAUAUACUAAGAUACUUUUUAUAUUUUAUACCAUAUCGAAUAAAUAAAAGAAGUUUGAGGUUCCACAUUAGAAUCUCAGGUAAUGAUCUCUUAAUUCAUUCUAGUCAAAAUUACGCCGAAAUGGAAGCAUUUUUUUUUUAACACCAUCGAGGACACUUGCUUAAGUUUCCCACCCAGUCAUGGUCAGUGUUGCCUAUGCUAAAAAAUGCUAGUGAUUGGAAUUAUUACGGAUUUUAGAUCUUCUCUGGCGUUAAAAAUUAGCGGAACAUUCGCGAAAGAAAUUCACUUACAAAACUGACGAAUCUGUGAAUUUACCUUUAUUCAUCUAUUGUCGCGGACUGGCCUUCUUUCGAUAAAUUGUUUGUUUAUUUUAUUUUUAAAUUCGAAAACGAUCAGCGAACAUAAAUAAUUUAAAAAUUAUUUGAUAAAUAACAUUCCAAUUAAUAUCAUCUUCACAUAAAAAGGGUACAAUUUAAUUCGAAUUUUGAUAUUAUACUUAUUAGACUUAAAUUUAAUAUCGACAACAAAAGUGCAGCAUGAGACAACUUCUUGGAAAAAACUUUAAAUGAAUUAGUUUUACAAUAGUUUUUGAAAGUUUUCGAUGCAUUUUGCUUCGAUUGUACGCAGGGAAUGGUAUUUGAAUCAUUCUUUAAGAUUCUUCUGAUACGAUUAUAUGAUGUACUUUGCGAUAUUCUCUUUUCUCCGAGCGGCUUUUAUUGUAAUCAACUCCUCACUAAGACUUGAUGUUGUAGAAGCCAGGGCUUUAUUCGCGAUCACUUCUCAACUUGAUGAAUGAAUUGGUCAGUAAGGCAUUAUUGUAUCCCGAUUAAUUAAAAACAAACUGAUGUUAUUAAAAUUAUUGAUUAUAAAAAAAUUAUAUGUCCGUGUUUUGUGAUUUUGAAAUGUUACAGACAAAUUAAUAUUUAACGUACAUAUGUAGUAUGUAAUUCGAGUAUGUAAUCACAUCGGCCCUGGCAUUUCAGUAGAUUAGCCUAAUUUAUUAUAAUAUGUCAUUUAAAAAUAUCAAAUGUAAUCUGGUUGAUGAAAUAAAGUUUAAUCUCAAUUUGGGGUGUCUCAUUCGACUUC